UAUUUGGACUGCCAUUUCAGCCAUCGUGAACUACGCUUCUUGUCUCUUUCUGUUAAACCCUAAAACCUCUGUUGCUCUCUCUCUCCGAUCUCCAUAUAUAUCAUUUCGAUCACCAUUUGUGUUGUGUGCGAGUGCUAAUCAAAUCAAAUUAAAUCAAACCAAAUCAAAGCAAGGCGAUGGCCAUUUGUUAUCAAGCUAUUCCAGUAAAACCCGUAGUGCUCAGACCCACAACCACUUUCAAACCCGUUAACUCCUUCCGUUGCAACCUUUCUCUUCCCUCCAAAACCCUCGAAAUAUCCAUUUCCGAACCCGAACCCGUUUUCUCCUCCGUCAAAACCUUUGCUCCUGCCACCGUGGCAAAUCUCGGUCCCGGCUUCGACUUCCUCGGCUGCGCCGUCGACGGCCUCGGCGACUCCGUCUCCCUCUCCGUCGACUCCUCCAUCCACCCCGGCCAGAUCUCCAUCUCCCAUAUCUCCGGCGACCCUUGCUCCAAGCUCAGCCGUAACCCUCUCUAUAAUUGCGCCGGCAUUGCCGCCAUCGAGGUCAUGAAGAUGCUCGGAAUCCGAUCCGUCGGCCUUUCUCUCUCUCUCCACAAAGGCCUUCCAUUAGGUUCCGGGCUCGGAUCCAGUGCCGCAAGCGCCGCCGCCGCCGCAGUCGCCGUCAACGAGAUUUUUGGUGGGAAACUCGGCUCCGAGGAGCUCGUAGUAGCGGGAUUGAAAUCGGAGGAGAAGGUUUCGGGUUAUCAUGCUGAUAACGUUGGCCCGGCGAUCCUGGGAGGGUUUGUUUUGAUCAGAAACUACGAGCCGUUGGAUUUGAAGAAAUUGACAUUUCCGGAGGAUAAAGAGCUUUACUUUGUAUUGGUGACUCCUGAAUUCGAAGCUCCGACGAAGAAAAUGCGGGCUGCUUUGCCUUUAGAGAUAGCAAUGGCUCAUCAUGUGUGGAAUUGUAGUCAGGCCGGGGCAUUGGUGGCUUCAGUGUUAGAAGGGGACUUGGUGGGGUUAGGGAAGGCUUUGUCAGGAGAUAAGAUCGUGGAGCCGAGACGCGCGCCAUUGAUUCCGGGGAUGGAAGCCGUGAAGAAGGCGGCGAUUGAGGCCGGGGCGUUCGGGUGUACCAUAAGUGGGGCGGGGCCGACGGCGGUGGCUGUGAUAGAUUGCGAGGAGAGAGGGGAGAAGAUUGGAGAGAAGAUGGUGGAGGCAUUUUGGAAUGAAGGGAAUUUGAAGGCGGUGGCUUUCGUGACGAGGCUUGAUCGGGUUGGUGCGAGGCUUGUUGAUAGCAAUCCUAGAUGAUGAUCAUGAUUGUGAUGUUGAUUGCAAUAAAGGGUAUGUUUUGUAUUUUGGUGAAAAAGCUUUGGUUUUGGUUUGGUUAGUUUUUGCGGAGGAUACUAUGAUGUCCAAUAGCUUUGAAACAAUGACAGUAAUUGUAUUCUCAGUUGAUGCUAAGUGUAUGAUAAGUAAUAACAUUGGCUUCUUCCUUUAUUAAA